CUGUUGCUAUUGUAUUUCACUUCCAUGUUUUUCUCCUUUAACAUUGACGCUCAUGCAAAGUGUGACAGUCGCGUCGCUUCCCUCCGACUUAUAAAGUUACUUUGCCCGCCUCCCCCUUACCCUCCCCCGGUCCGGUCCGUUCCGGUCCUCGUCGACCACAACCGGCAGAGGCGUCUCAGCGCUGCGGGGGAACCAUGGCCCACUGUGCGGCUUUCCAGAGCAAGUUAGCCUCGGUCAUGGAGCAGCUCGCCCAGGCGGCCGUGCUGGAGAUCAGCCGGCUGUGGGAGGACGGGUUCGCCCUCGUGCAGGUCGAGCUGCGCCGGAGACAGAGCGAGAUCGAAACCCUGAACAAAAAGUUGAUGCUGAUGGAAAACGAGCGACUGACAGUGUUGAGUCAGACCACAAAUAUGUCCUCCUCCUCUUCUUCGUCCUCCUCCUCAUCAGCAUCAUCCUCCUCAUCAUCAGCAUCUUCUUCUUCUUCCUCCAGGAGAGAGCAUCACAACAAACUGCUGCUGCCCACAGGUGAAGGGCCUUUUGCAGAUUCAGUCCAGGCCUUGUGUUCUGAUCCGGUUGUCAGAGAGAAUCACACUCCACCACCACCACCACCACCUGCUCAGACAGAGGAGAUGCAGUGUGAGCAGCACAGGCCUUACCUCUGUCAAAGGGACGACAUGGACGACAUGGACGACGAGGACUUCGUCAAGCUGGAGGAUGAAGACGAUGUCCAGAUUGUGGAACAGAUAGUGGACUCUGAUCACAGCGUUAGCGACGGAGCCGGUCACCACGAGAGGGAUCCUAACCCCCAACCUGCCGAGGUCCUGGAGGAGCCGGAGAACCAGCAGUGGACGUCUGUGACAGUGGCCGACAGCGACUCAGCCGAGGACUCGGAUUGCCUUUUCGAACCCAAGCAGCUCUCGCAACACCUGGACUCGGAAAUCCUACUCAUUCAGAAUGCCUUGGACAUCUUUGACAACUCAGCAGAGACGGCGUAUUCGGACAGGUUCCUGAGGGAAAAUGGACAAAGUGCAUCGAGCAAAUCGAGGGCUCCUCUGACUUUUAGCCAACCACAGCUCAGUCAACCUCGAGAAGCAAUAAAUCUGCCGGAAAGAGGAGUGUCCAUCAGAUUCCUCUCAGAGAAACAACAACAAUCUAAACACGUGUCGAGUUUUAACUCUGACAGCCGGUUGUUCCUCUUAAAUGACCCAGAGUUCCAUAAAACUAUGGCAAAUCGCCGCAUUAAGGAGAAAUGGUUCAUCUGCCCGUUCUGCGGAAAGAGCUUCGACCGUAUCAGCCACCUGGAGAUUCACCAGCGGAUUCACACGGGGGAGAAACCGUACACGUGUGAUAUAUGUGGCAAGUGUUUCUCCCAGAGGAGCAACCUUCGCACUCAUCAGCGGACUCACAAAGAAACUUUAUCCCAAAAUGCAAUUUGAUUCGAUGUAUUUUGAAAAGAAAAGCGAAAAUAACCUUUGUGUUGUUUCUGUCUAGAUGAAUUAACAAAUUAUCUAUAUAUUUUGAUAUUACUGAGAGGUAAUGUAGCUGACUGAUAUUACUGUGCACUCACUUUAAACAAAAAAAAGAAUUGUAACCUAGCUUUGUUAUUUUUAAUCUCAAGUGAGCAAGCAGAUUUAUAAAAAACACGCAGGAGACUCCAGCCUAGCAUUUGGACUUGUUAAAGGUCCAUAAACUUUAAUAUUUAUAAGGUUUGCCUUAAUAUAUAAGAAUCUGAGACUAUUGCUGUGUUUUGGGUAUCUUAGGGUUGUGUAUAUAUACAUAUAUAAGGAGUGCGUGUGCUGUGUUGCUCUGCCUUCUUUCUAUCAAUCGCUGGCUAUUGAGAGGAUCUUUAUUUUUUCGUGAAGGCCACCAUAGUUUUUCCUACAAGCCGGGAAGGGGAGCGUGAGACAAAGUGUGUUGAACUGGUUGCAGUCUGAAUCAUUAAAUGCCAGUAAAUCCUACACACAGACCAUUUUAAGGUUAUAGUAAAUGACACAAUUUGUUAUUUAAUAUCUGGCCGAUUUGAAAUGAGUCACUGUGGCUCAGAAAACUGUUCUCGACAACUAAUUUACCUUCGAUUGAAUGUAAAUAUGAAUUUCGAAUCUUCUAAAAGCAAGAAAACAACCAGAAAACAUUCAAAAUUUAGCCGUAUGUCAUGAGGUCACAGCAUCUGUUGGAAAAUUAUGUCAUACUGGAUUAUCAAGAUGGUUAGCAGCACCAGCAGCCUUCUGUCCAUUUAACAGAGUUGUUCUCUGUUGUCAUCUAUUAUUUCUGGUGCUGACUAGCAGACGCAGCCUGGUUUAAUCACUAAGUCGACUUAUCAAGCUCAUCCCUGCAUCAGAAGGUGUUGGACAGCAAAACUCUGUGUGUUUGAUCACACACUCUGAUGUCUCUGUCAUUAUAGUUUUCUCAUUCACUUUCAAUUGCCUGGUUCACUUGGGGAAAUAUAUCCAUUUGCUUUUUUGACACCACUUCAUUCUACUUUACUGUCUGUACGGUAAAUAUGAAGCUUGAGUCGGCAGCUGUUUGGUUUAGUUCAGCAUCAAUCUACCAAACACCUCUAAAGCCCACUACCCUUAUAUUCACCGUACAGACACAGGUUGUACUGAAAUGAUCUAAUCCCUUGGCAAGAAAGCAAAUUAACAUAUGAAACUAUUCUUCUACUACAGAGGUUCAGUAACAUUACUGAAAUCUUCACUCCACUCUGUGGGAAUCCACUUUUUUCUACUUGUAUCCAGUUAAUUCAGUUCUUACGGAGUCGAUGAGGUUCGAGGAAACACUUCAAUCUAAUACAGCAGCUGCGAUGCCCUUUAUCCUCCAACACAAGGUGAAAUAAGCUGAAUUGUCCCAGGUUUGAAUAAAUAACCAAGACUUUGUUUUUAAAAUGGCAUUUGCUGUACUUUUAUGAAUAAACAUUUCAACAUUUA